AGUUUUCAUUUCUGAGGAGGGUGCCUCAGGCGCCUGGGUUGCCAAGGAGUUGAUAACCCAAGAGAUGAAGGGCCUCCUCACACUGGCUUGGUUCCUGGUCUGCAGUGUGCCUGCAGUGCCCGGAGGCUUCCUAGAACUGAAGUCCAUGAUCGAGGAAGUGACUGGGAAGGAUCCAAUAAUGAACUAUGGCUUCUAUGGCUGCUACUGUGGCUGGGGCGGCAAAGGGACCCCCAAGGAUGGGACUGAUCGGUGCUGUUGGGUGCAUGACCGCUGCUAUGGGGAACUGGAGGAGAAAGGCUGUGGCAUCCGGACUCAGGCCUAUGACUACAGAGUCACGCGGGGCCAGGUCAUCUGCGAAUACGGGUCCUUCUGUUCGACGAGGCUUUGUGCCUGUGAUCGGAUGCUGGUCUACUGCUUGCGGAGAAACUUCUGGAGCUACAAUCCUUAUUAUCAGUAUUACCCCAACUUCCUCUGCUAAUGCCCUGUGUGGGCUCUGCUCUGGGGGUUCCUCCCACAGUGGAGGCCCCCUCUGCUGUAUUCCUGAUGCACGCCCCAAGGUCUUGGAUCUGUCUUCCUCUGUGGAACUGUGUGCCACUGGGCUGGGCAGCACCCCAGGACAACACCCCAUCCUCCAAGGUCCUAGAGAGUGACUCUGAUCCCGGCUUGGCAAACUCCCAGGAUGGCUGAGCUGGCACUUGUGAAGUUGGCUCUGGGCCUGGGAGCUCCCCUAGCUCCAGGCCAGCGCUGUGUUGACUUUUCUUUCAAUUUAUGGAACUGAACUGACAUUACCACCCUCCAGAGACCUUUUACUGGAGUAGAAGCCAGAUUAACUCUAUAAAUCUGCUUUGUAGAUAUUAAAUAAACCCAUUUGCAAGGCUAGUAAACUCCCCCAGCAUUCCCUCUGAUAGGACAGGGGUAGGAUUGCCUAAACCUUUGUAACUCCCUGCAGCACCUGCAUGCCCUCAGGGAUGGAGGCGGGAACAGGUGGGAGCCUUCUUAGCCUUUCAAGAUUUUUGUUUUGUUUUUUUCAAAACAGGGUUUCUCUGUAGCUUUGGAUUCUGUCCUGGAACUAGCUCUUGUAGACCAGGCUGGUCUCGAACUCACAGAGAUCCGCCUGCCUCUGCCUCCCAAGUGCUGGGAUUAAAGGCAUGCGCCACCUCUGCCCGGCUGCCUUUCAAGUUUUGUAUGAGUUCAUUUUCUUAAACCUUGGCAUUCUUCAAACCAGACCUGGAGCUCAUGCUUCUUCUAGAGGAAGAUGAAGCACAGUCCUGUACUACCUAGGACUCGCCCUGGCUAGAGAGGGCAGCGUCCAGCUCCCAGUCCUGGCUUCUGUAGCUGAGUGGGUUUGAACCUCUGGGUAGUCUGAAUCUCUCUGACCUUCCUCGAAAUAGAAAACGAGACUCCUUCCGGGAGCAUAUGGGUGCACACCCCUAAUCCCAGCACCUGGUAGGUGGAGGAGGCAGGGGAGGCAGGGUUCAAGAUCAGCCUCUGUUCCUUAGCAAGUUUGAGAGUAGCCUAGACUACAUGAGACUGUGUCUCAGAGUGCCAGUUAGCAGUUCCAAUUAGCUAACUGAAAUGGGACUCCUAGCGCUCACCUGGUGCAGACACAGGGAUGCUGGAAUCCUGAGAUGUCACUGGGUGGGGAGACACGGUUUAAAUGAGAGUCAAGGAGGCUGGAAGAACAGGUUAGAGGCCUGUUUAUUUCUCACCAAGUUAAGGGUAUUGAAAAUCCCUAUUACCUAUCACUUUGUGAAAGACAGAGCUUUCUCACACCAGUAUCACAGGAAGGAGAGAUGCGUUGUACAACAAUAAAGGAGGGCUCUUCCCGAGGAAGGACCCAGGCUCCUUCACUCACAUCUCCAAAAUAUGUGCAGGACAUUUGAGGUCUCUAUUUAGAGAACUCCAGUGUUUAAACAUUUUCUAAGUAAAGUUAAUUACAUGAGAUCACCCCAAAUUCACACGUUUUCGGCAUACGCUAGCGACUAUAUUUAAACAACACCAGAGUGGGCCUCAUGAGCU